AUUUGGUUAGCUACAUCCAUCAUGACUAACCAAUUCACAGAUCAAACCACAGCAGAAGAAGUGGCCGAUGUGCUAUCAAAUAAUAUCCGAGGCAAAACGGUCUUAAUCACUGGCGCUACCAUCGGAGGCAUUGGAUGUGAAAGCGCCAGAGUGAUUUGCAAGAAUCAUCCCAAGUUGGUCAUUCUUGCGUGUAGAAAGCAAGAGAGCGUUCAAGAGGCCAUGGACAAGAUCAAAGCCGAGUUCCCCAAUGCCCCUCUUCGAGGUUUGAUACUGGACCUAGCAUCACUUAAAUCCGUACGCAAAGCCGCCAAGGAAGUAAACAGCUACCGUGAACCUAUUGAUGUCUUGAUCAACAAUGCUGGCAUUAUGGCGCCACCCUAUUUCAAAACCGAAGACGGAUUCGAAGGACAAUUUGGAGUUAAUCAUCUCGGUCCUUUCGAGUUCACCAACCUCAUCAUGGGACGCAUCUUGGCUUCCAAUACUGGAGCUCCUCGCAUCGUCAAUGUCUCUAGCUCGGUCCACUGGUUGUGCCCAAUUCGAUAUGAUGACCCUGGAUUCUCAGAUGGCAAAGUUUACAAUAAUUUUCACGCCUAUGGACAAUCCAAGACCGCCAAUAUUUUGUUUUCCAAGGAGCUCAGUCGACGGUAUAAGGACCAAGGUCUCUUAGCAUUUAGUCUCCACCCUGGUGGCGUACAGACCAAUUUAUUGCGGCACUUUGACAUUGCCCAGGUUUUGAAAGAUGGAGUAACCGAUUGGAAGGGCAAUGCUUUUGAUCUUACUGCUGUUAAAUGGAAGUCGCUUGAAGCUGGUAGUGCGACUCAUAUUGUUGCGGCUUUUGACCCCACUAUUGUCGACCAAAAUGGCUCAUAUCUCGAAGAUGCGCAAGUUCACAACGAACUUGCUCGACCAGACGCUCUCGAUGAAGAAAAUGCCAUCAAGCUAUGGAACUUUAGCGAGCAGCUUCUGCAUGGAAAAGUCCGAGGCAUAACGAAGAAGCGGUCUAUGAAUUGGGCCAAGUCGUCUCUAAACUUUUCUCAGCCAAAAAUGAACCCAAUAGUAGCAUUCUUUUCGUUUAAGAAGAAGGUAUAAUAUACGUUUGUAAGGGGAUAGCAAAAUAAAAAUAGGAAGUACUUUUCUUCAUCAUUAAAAUAUUUGAUAUGUCAUAUUUAUCACCAUUA